UCGGCUCGGCUCGGCUCGGCUCGAUCCCAUCCCGGCUCCGCUAUGGAGGCGCUGCGGGCGGCGGGGCGCGCCGUGCUGCGGAGCCCGCGCCUCGCCCGGCACGGUCUGGGUCUCCGCCGGCGGCGUAAGCUUCCUGAGAGCUGGGCUGAUAUGCAGGAGCCACUGCUUGAGGGGAUGUGCUUCACCCUCAAGUAUCUGGGCAUGACACUGGUAGAAAAACCAAAAGGAGAAGACAUGGCUGCUGCUGCCAUCCGCAGGAUCGUGGCCACGGCACGGGUUGGAGCUCGCAAGUUUCAGAAGGUGAUUCUGACAGUGUCUCCAAGGGGCAUCUCACUGCAGGAUGCAGACACUAAGGAGAUGGUGGAAAACAUCUCCAUCUACAGGAUCUCCUACUGCACAACAGACAAGCUGCAGAACAAAGUCUUUGCUUAUGUUGCCCAGAGCCAGGAGAGCGGGGCACUGGAGUGCCAUGCCUUCCUCUCACCCAAGAAGAAGAUUGCCCAGGCUGUGACUCUGACUGUGGCCCAGGCCUUUCAGAUGGCACUGGAUCUCUGGGAAGCAGCACAUGCAGGCUCUAGGCAGGAUCAGCCCCUUCACCCUUCAUGUGUCUUGGAGAGCAGUGAGGCCGCC